GCAGACCAUAUGUUUGCCAUAGUGAAAAUAGAAAGUGAGGGACAUCUUGGAGGGUAACUGUUGCCCAACAUUAGUAAUAACCAAAGUGAAACUGUACAAAAAGUCGAAUCUAAAAAAAAUGCUCAAUAGACAAGUAAUGAAUGCUUUUAGGAACUGUAAUUAAACUUAAUUUAAGAGAAUUUGCAGCUGCUUUCGUGACCAGAAGAUCUCUCCAUAUACCUUUGUCAUGAUUUUAUAAUUUGCCUGUUUUAAACACCAUUAUUCCCAAAUCGAUAAUUUGGUUAUGGCACAUGGUUUCAGACAGGGUAAGGACCCUGCUGUACUGGGCAGUUCUCAGCUGCUCCAGAAACAAUCUCAACUAAAACUUACUCAUAAACUUCAGAAAGUCAUAUGUGAACAUUCUAACAAUUUUUUUUGUCUAAAAUUAAGCACCAAACUACUUAGCAUUCCCCAUCCUUAAUCCUACUACCUUUGUCAGUUUGCUUAUAAAUCUUGAAACAACUUUAUGAACUUUCUUUUUGGAAACAGAAAAAUCUCAAAUGUAUUUUUUCACUUCCUGUAUAGAGCCUUGCAAACCCAAAACUUUUGUCUCACUCAUCCAAAUUUGCUACAUAAGCUUUAUUUUUAUACUGACCUUAACAGACAUGGUAAACUGAAUCACUUUCUGAUCAAAGAAGCACAAUGUGCAUCACAAGAUUUAAAAAGAUAAACUAGGAAACCUAUAUGCUUUUCCUCUUUUUAAUGCGUUAUCUUUAUCCUCAGCCAAAUACUAGAACAGGCUGCAUUACCACUUACCAUUUACUUAUUCUCAAACAUCCCCAUUUCCCAGUAUUGAAAGAACAGAAGGUAAUCACAGUUCAUGUGCAGCAGGUUCAUGACAAAUUUGCUAGAAUGUCUGAAACUUAAAUUGUGUUUGAAGUCCAUGUGUAUUUACAUGGGAGUUUAAGUAAUAUUGACUCUGCUUAGAACAAGGCAAAUUGCAUCAGACUCUCACUAUCUGGAGCACUAAACCAGUCCACUGAUGCAGAGCAACAAACACCCUUCACCUCUGAAGACUACAAGGCAGCAAGAAGAGAUCCUCCCAGAAAAAGUGUUUAAGUGGUAACUGGGUAUCUUGUUAACAGAACAGCAAUGAAUAACUCAACGUACAUAAACUCUUCCACUGAAAAUGUGAUGGCUUUGGAAAGCCCCUAUAAAACUGUUGAGGUGGUCUUCAUCGUCCUGGUAGCAGGGUCUCUCAGUCUAGUCACCAUAAUUGGGAACAUCCUGGUCAUGGUGUCGAUCAAAGUCAACAGGCACCUCCAGACUGUGAACAACUAUUUCCUGUUCAGCUUGGCCUGCGCUGACUUGAUCAUCGGCAUCUUUUCAAUGAACCUGUACACCCUCUACACUGUGAUAGGCUACUGGCCCUUGGGGCCUGUGGUGUGUGACCUCUGGCUGGCUCUUGACUACGUGGCCAGCAAUGCCUCUGUAAUGAACCUCCUCAUUAUCAGCUUUGACAGAUACUUUUGUGUCACCAAGCCUCUGACAUACCCCGUGAAGCGGACCACUAAGAUGGCAGGCAUGAUGAUUGCAGCUGCCUGGGUUCUGUCCUUCAUCCUCUGGGCCCCUGCAAUUCUCUUCUGGCAAUUCAUUGUGGGAGGAAGGACUGUCCCAGAUGGGGACUGCUACAUCCAGUUUUUUUCCAACCCUGCUGUCACUUUUGGCACUGCCAUUGCAGCCUUCUAUUUGCCUGUUAUCAUCAUGACUGUCCUUUACUGGCAAAUCUCUCGAGCCAGUAAGAGCAGGAUAAAGAAGGCGAAAAAGGAAGCUGCACAAAACCAAGAUACAGUUUCCCCCAGCCUUGUCCAAGGUAAAAUAGUGAAACCAAACAAUAACAACAUCCCGACCAGUGGAGAUGGUUUGGAGCACAGCAAAAUUCAAAAUGGAAAACCCAGUGAGGAGACUGUGACUGAUAACUGUGUUCAAGCAGAGAAGGAGAGCUCCAACGACUCCACCUCUGUCAGUGUGGUAGCCUCCAACUUGAAAGAGGAUGAAGCUACCAAAGAUGCCAAACAGGCUUCUGCCUCCCAAGACCAUCUCAAAGCGGAGAACUCCAAGCUGACAUGCAUCAAGAUAGUCACAAAGUCCCCAAAGGGAGACUGCUGCGCCCCUACCAACACCACCGUGGAGAUCGUAGGCACGAACGGGGAGGAGAAGCAGAAUAGUGUAGCCCGGAAAAUAGUCAAGAUGACAAAGCAGCCAGCCAAAAAGAAACCACCCCCCUCUAGAGAGAAAAAAGUGACAAGGACUAUUUUAGCCAUCCUCCUGGCCUUCAUCAUCACCUGGACCCCAUACAAUGUGAUGGUGCUCAUCAACAGCUUCUGCACAUCCUGCAUCCCUAACACUGUAUGGACCAUAGGCUACUGGCUCUGUUAUAUCAACAGCACCAUCAACCCUGCUUGUUAUGCGCUCUGCAAUGCUACCUUCAAGAAGACCUUUAAGCACCUUCUUAUGUGUCAUUACAAGAAUAUAGGAGCUACAAGGUAAAAAUAAGAAUAAAAAUAAUUAUGGGAAGGGUGAAGAAGUUCCAAAUUAAAUUAAAAACCCACGAUGCUACAGCACUUUAUGCUCUUCUAUGGAAUGUGCAAUCCAGGAUGCUAGUGGAAAUCCUGACAUGGGGCAUCAGCUCUACCCCUGAGAACUACACUUAAAAACAUUUUUUUUAAUAAUUGAAAACAAAUCUUUAGGACAUGGGUAUGUUUGAAAAAUUCAAGGAUGUGGACUGGAGGCACAGUUCCUUACUUUCUGAGAGUAUUCUGCAGAAGGGCUUUAGAGUCUACAAUUUUUGGUCAUUCUGUGUAAAAUACUUGUUCUUCUUUUUUCUUUCUUUUUUUUUUUUUUUCUUAUCCCUUGUAUCUGUUUAACACAUUUUCAUCUAGGGGAAAAAAAAAAGAGGAAUUUUAAUAAUAACUGUGUGGAAGAGGCAUAGGAGUAUAGAAGAUCAUUGCAUAAUCCAAAUGCAUCAUGGCAGAAAUUUUCUAAAGUUCAAAGUUGUCUAACAGUUUUUUGCCACUGUCAUGUAAGAAGCUUGAUGUUGGGUACAUCGCGAUGAAAGUUAUGUUGUUUAUGACACCACCGUUUCCAAAACUGCAUCAAUUCUGCAAGUGUACUUAUGCUCAACACGUAAUCAUUGCCUAACUUGUAUAUCAUUCGAAGUCUGCAGCUUGUCCCAUUCUACGGGCUUUUGUUCUGUGACUACUUCAUCAUGUCAGGAUGAAAGUGAAAAGAUGUGGUCUCGUCCAGAUUGCUACAUCCCAAGACUACUUCAGCAUCCAUGUAAACCAAAGCUUUUGAGACGAUUUUGUUCACUUUGUUUGUCACAUAAUAUCAACGUGUGGAUUUGUCUUUUACCUCCAUCAGCCUUUUCUUCCUGUUUGUACCUUACUUGUCCAGGGCACAAAGACUGAAUAUAAAAAGUUGUAAAUUCAAAGGUCUCAUACAAUCAGCCACCAUGGCGGUCAGACAAAGGGUCUCAACUGAAGAAUAGAAAUGAGGUUGUUACUAGGAAAAUGGAGCUUACAUCCUUUUAAAGUUGGAUGUACCGAUUAAGAGGUAUGCUGAGGCUUCACAGAAUGAAUAGAUAAUAUUAGAUCACCAUGCUCUUGACCCAUCAAAAGACGAUUAUGAUGAAUGUAUUGAGGAAAAGAAAAAAUAGAGUGAUAUACCCACAGUGUCCAAGUUCUGCCUAAGCACUUAGUGUGGGGUCCUUCCUGGAUGUAUCCUGGAGAAGAUGUUACUUUCUGGAAAAGGUGUUAUCGAAAUUGCCUUUUACCUCCUUCUUAGUAACUAACUUCCAGGCACUAGCAAAGGUAUAUUUACAGAUUUUGUUACUCAAAAAAGCAUAGACAGUGUCCUGAGAGUCUGUCUUCUGGAGUGAAAGCCACCCACCAAAUAAGACACCAAAUCAUUCUGUUAUUUCAUGCUACCACACUAAAGUCUUCCAAAAUGCAUUUCAAAACAGCAGCCUCCGAGAAUACAGAGCAAGUAAUCUUGCAGAUUUAAGUUUUACAUUUGACAAGCUUAUUGGAACACAGUGUCAAAGCACUUUGGCAAUAUGACAAUUUUCAUGUUUUGUAGUACAAGUUCCCAGUAGAAAGUGAAAAUGAGGAGGAUUAAAUCGCAGUAAAUUAAGGCCACGCUAAACUCAGGAUUAAUAUGUCUUAGUAUGCAGUCAUUGAUUUUAUACCUCUAAUGAUUUCAUCCUAGUAUAACUAAGUGUCUCCAUACAGCCAAGGAUCUAAUUUUGCAACCCUCACUUGACUUCGGUCAUAUUUACUAUCACUAUUUUCAUCUUCCUGCUUGUAAGGAAGAAUAACUCAAUGAAAAACUUGCUGCUUGCCUUUCAAAACUACAUUCACUAGGUUUAUCUUGGCAGGUCAAAGGAAAGACUUAAACUAUCAUUUCUAGGUUAUUCAUUCUCUUACAAUGUUAAAAAAUCCAAAUAAAAAACAAAGAUAAAAUGAAAACUGUUUGAUUUCUAAAUCUGACUUCUUUGGAAAAGUUUCCUAAAAGAAACACACCUGCCUCUUUCUUUAAGCAAGUGCUGUGGGUAUCAAUAGUACAGGUACUCAAAUUGGGAAAUAUUGGUUUGUACAGUCUUAUUUAAUCUUUUAACUCCAUUUUUCUGCCAGGUGUGCAAAUCCUUUAUUCUCACAUUUGAAGCUGUCACUUGCUCAUAAUGAAUUAAUCUAGUAGCUAAGGACACCUCUACAGGUUAAGAAGUGCAAGAUGUACAUUACAAUUAUACCUCUUCAUCAUGCGAUGGCACUCAAUACCACAGGAAAUUUUGGGGCCAGCAUUCAUGAAACAAACAAACGAAACCCAUCAGUUUGAAGCUUUCUGGCACUUUUUCUUAGCAUGAUCCCCUCUUUUGAUCCUAAAAGACAAAAUGCUUUGAUUUGUAUUAUAGUAUAUUUAAAAACUUGCAGGUCGCACAGUCCUCUGUGUUUCCACCUUGUAACAGUUUCAUGGCACAUCCACAUUUGCAGACAAUAAAACAAUGUAAAAAUA